AUGACUAGACACCAGUCACAUCACCAUGUCACAGAAUAGAUACGUUUACGUAUCUCUAUUCUGUGACCAUGUGGUUGUCAUGGCCCUGCUCAAGAGGACUGGCACGAUUAAACAGUAAGUACGUGGCACAUGAUUGCACACAAGACAAUCACCAACACAUUGUUGAUAUUUUCUCGAAAUUUAACAAUUUUGUCUUAAAAAUGGCUCCAAUUCUUGCCUAUUGGGACAUAAGAGGGCUUGCUCAACCCAUCCGAUAUCUUUUGGCUUAUACGGGAAUUGAAUACGAAGAUAAGGGUUAUACUUUUGGACCACCUCCUGAUUACAAUCCUGAAGAUUGGUUGAAGGAGAAAGAAAAUCUUGGUUUGGAUUUUCCCAAUCUUCCUUAUUUCAUUGAUGGCGAUACAAAGAUUACUCAAAGCAGUGCAAUUAUUCGUUAUAUUGCAAGAAAACAUAAUCUGUGUGGUGAAACGGAUGAAGAGAAAACAAUUGUUGAUAUGAUUGAAAAUUGCAUCAUUGACUUGCGUAAUGGCUUUGUAAGACUUUGCUACUCAUCAGACUUUGAUAAACUUGUCGAUGGUUAUAAAAAAAAUGUAGUGGAAAAAUUGGAUCGUUUUGAAAAGUUUCUUGGUGGCAAGAAAUAUCUUGCUGGAGACAAGGUGACAUAUCCUGACUUCAUGCUUUAUGAAAUGCUAGACCAGCAUAAAAUAUUUGACAAAAAACUUGUUGAACCAUUCAAGAAGUUGAUGCAAUAUUGUGAAAGUAUUGAGGCUAUUCCACAAAUUGCUGAAUACAAGAAAUCAAACAAGUUUCAAGAACGAACACUGAAUGGUGCCAUGGCUUCAUUUAAAUAAGAAUUUCAAGAUUCCUGGUUUAAAUACAAAUUAUAUUUUUCACUGUGAACUAGCUUAUCAUGCAAUAUUCAUUGAAAUGAAAUAGUUUUUCUAAUUUUAGUGCUGAUGUUGUGUAUUGAAUACAUAAUAAAUCACCAUAAUGACAAUAAAGUUUUAAACUACAA